UGAGCAUGUGGUUUGACGGAGGGCUUGAUCCUGAUCGAUCAAAGUGUGCCUCAACAUGUCGGAAAGCAAUGGCGCCGCGCCAGCAAAAACAACUGAGAGGAUUGCUAACUGGAUCGCGGUUGUUGACGCGCACUUGCGCGAUGCUGUGAAACCGCAGGUGGGCCCCGGGACCACGUCCCUGGGUAUUGUGGCCGCUCCGGCCGCUUUGCUGUGCGGCCUGUUCGCCACACUCUUGGGUGCGGCAUCUUACCGCCGCAGCGCUCGGCAGAUGGCCCGAUUGCAGGCAGCUUCCUCCGCCCCAUCGCCUGCGAUCCCUGCCUCGGCGGCCUCGGCGGCCUCGGCGGCCUCGGCGGCCUCGGCGGCCUCGGCCGCGGCCUCUGCGACUGGCGCUCGGGUGCCCAGGGCCACCGACUUUCUCUCAAAGGGCGAGAUCAUGUACCUCUUCGUGGUUCCAGGCAUUGGUGCAGCAGCCCUCACCUUGGUGUUGGGCAGCAUUGCGCGAUGGGCUUUGCAAGUGGACAACGCGGAGGACGCAGUGAGGCAGUUGAAGUGGCUGCUGGGCAGCGGAUCGCGGCCAGGAGCCAGAAGUGAGUGA